ACUGGGCUUUUAAAAAGCCCUUUUACAGAACUUGGCAAAAGAAAGUAGCAUGUGUAUGGGGGUCCAAAGCGACUGUCGCUCACACAGACAAUGCAGUCUCGCUUUUGCCUUCCCUUAGCCUUCUUCAGUCUCCGGACCUAGUCCUCGCCCUCGCAGCCUCCGCGAUCCCGUGGGGCUCAGUUCUGUUUGGGCCGUUCUACUUCUCUUCUACUCGUUGGUCUGUGGGCUCCUGUCCAAUCGAAGGCGUGAUUCUGGUGGGUCCCAGCGUGCAUUGCGGCAAGAUGGCUGCGCCCAGACGAUGCGGUUCUGGGCUGGCUCGCCUAGUGAUGGCCUGGCAGCUAGGCCCGCAGGCCGCGAGGCCCUGGGCGGCUGCACUCCGUCCCGCUGUGGGUCCCCAGGCCAGGUGCGUGUCCUGCAUGGUGGGCACCGCCUUUUCUGGUCCGCGUCUGGCCCCCGCCUCUUGCAGUGGUCAGGACUCAGCCCUGGACCGCAUCCUUGGAGUCCCUCAGCCCGACUGUUCGCCCGCUCCCAGGGUUCCCGCCGCGUGCACGUACAGAGAUGAGCAGACUCUGCUCUUGGCUCAUACCCCUGACAUGCCUGAGAAUCCACGGGUUCUACGAGUGGCCCUCCUGGGAGCCCCAAAUGCAGGGAAGUCAACACUCUCCAAUCAGCUGCUGGGCCGUAAGGUGUUUCCUGUCUCCAAGAAGGUGCACACCACUCGCUGCCAAGCUCUAGGGGUCAUCACAGAGAAGGAGGCCCAGGUGAUUCUACUUGACACACCUGGCAUCAUCAGUCCCAUAAAACAGAAGAGGCACCAUCUGGAGCUCUCCUUGUUGGAAGAUCCAUGGAAGAGUAUGGAAUCUGCUGAUUUAGUUGUAGUUCUUGUGGAUGUGUCCGACAAGUGGACUAGGAACCAGCUCAAUCCCCAGGUACUGAAGUGCUUGACCCAGUUCUCCCAGGUACCUAGUAUCCUUGUCUUGAACAAGGUGGAUUGCCUUAAGCAGAAAUCAGUUCUUUUGGAGCUGACAGCAGUCCUCACUGAAGGUGUAGUCAAUGGCAAGAAGCUCAAUAUAAGGCAGGCUUUCCACUCACAACCUCGCACACACUGCCCCAGUUCUGCAACUGAGGAUUCAAAUGCACACUCAGUGGAAAACCCUCAGAGAGUUGGCUGGCCCCACUUCCAGGAGAUCUUCAUGUUAUCAGCCCUAAACAACGAGGAUGUGAAGACACUAAAGCACUACCUCCUGGCACAAGCCCAACCUGGACCCUGGGAGUUCCACAGUGGAGUCCUCACUAGCCAGGCACCUGAAGAGAUCUGCACCAACAAAAUCCGAGAGAAGCUGCUAGAGUACCUGCCUGAGGAGGUGCCCUACAGUGUGCAGCAGAAGACACUGGUAUGGGAGGAAGGACCAAGCGGGGAGCUAGUGAUCCAACAGAACCUUCUGGUGCCCAAAGAGUCUCAUCUGAGGAUCCUGAUUGGUCGGAAGGGCCACCUGAUCUCCCAGAUUGCACAGGAAGUGGGCCAAGACCUCAUGGACAUCUUCCUCUGUGAUGUUCGCAUCCGACUCUCUGUAAAGCUUCUAAAGUGACCAUCUUCUUUUGCCCCUCCCAGUGCAUCCUAUCUCAAGCUGCUGGAGUCACUUAGCAGAGCCCCUGUCAGCAGGGUGAGGGCCAUGGAUACCAACUGGCUGCUGGCCAACCUGGCCUUGUUGAGUGCACAGUACCUGCCCAGCUGUGUCCUCCAUUGGAGGAAAGAACCUGCCUUAGCUUAGUUCUCAAGUAGUUCCUCUACCUGGAGCUACAGCUUUGGAAGUCUCAAAAGUUGGCCCUCAUGGUGUGAAUUGGAUCACCUGCCUCUGCUAGCAUUGGACACAGUUUUGUCCUGAGUUCCCAGUUGUUAGCAGGAAGAUCUUUCCCCCUUCCUUGAAUUCAUCACCUUAAAGUUGUGUAAGAACCUGUGUUUUCCUGGGCUUGGUGAUAUAUACCUUUAAUCCUAGCACGUGGGAGGCAGAAGGCAGAUGGAUCUCUGUGCCCUGUCUCAAAAAAAAAAGAACCACCUAUUACAUGAGAGAGUACCAUCUACCUGUAUGCCCAAGUCCUUAAUCACUCCCACCAGUUACCCAGCCUUUGUUGCCAAUAAAGUAAAAGACAAGUGUUCUUA